AUGGCAUCCGGCUCAGAAUCCACCUUACCACCCCCUUUCGCCAGGUCAUGGGAGAGUAUCAUGCCGUGGGAAAUCCGGACCCAGAUAUUCAGCGAGUGCAUCAAGAACCGCUCCGUCAGCCUCUUGUACGCCAACAAGCAGCAUUAUACCGCGUUCCGCCCUCUUCUCUACGAAAAUUUCGUUCUCUCCUUCGUCAUCGACCCAUCCGCAACCGACUCCCUGGUGGACAUACUCGGCCAAAACGGCCGCGUGGUCUGUGCCGCCUCCCCACACCCUGACUACGUCAGCAUCGUCGAAUACAUGCCGACCGACCUCUUUCAGAGGAUCGAGAUCUUCAUCGACGCACCAGAUCCAGAUGAUCCGGGCCAACUGGUCAGGGCUUGGAAGCAGACCACGGGGUUGUUGGCGGCGUUGUUGCCCAGAUGGAAAACCGCAGAGGCACCCAUGACUAUGACAAAUAUUCAAGUACCCAGAGGUCGUCGUAGCAAGACUGCUCUUCUUCCACCCAUGAUCGUCCAAUUCCGGGGAAAGGAGGGACAAGACAAGAAAUGGACUUCCUUUCAGCCUUCUCUUGAGCGACGGGUUUGGAACCACAGCGUUCCAAGCUUCGGGUACUGGGACCCGGAGAUGGAAACGACGCCGAUCAAACACGGUGGGAUUCAUUCCGAUCUUGGAAUCAUCAUGACAGCUUUUCUCCGAGUCCGGGGUGUUGCGUCACUCAGUUUUGACUUCCCCGGUGAAGUCGAUGCACCCCCGAAAGACGUCGCUUCCUUGAUGAGAGAAGUGGACCGACUCACUGCGGAGGGGAAGCCUUUUGGCCUGUACGGUCAACAAGACGAUGACGAUUACAUGAUUGGCAUCGCAGAGGACAAUUUCCACCUCUGGCUGGAUUAUCUUCUCGAUGACAUGCAAGGCCCCAGUGCCGCACUCGUCCGCGGCGACAGAGCCGAAACCUGGUGCUCUGAGUACGACUUUCUGAUGAAGGAGAGACUGUACAAUUGCUCACUCGGCAACAUUCUGAAACAUCACCUGGAGAAGCAAUAUACCGACCGAUGUGUAGCCAGGAUCCUCCUAACAACGGCAAUCCAUGUCUCUUGCUCGCGAGGACUCGGUCAAUACAGAGGAGAAGAACAGUCGCAGCGCAUGGCGGCGACAAAGCAAAGACACUGGAGCUUUUGGACCCGGCAUUUUCCCCGUGGCAUCGCGUGCAAAUCGGAUAACGAAUUGUGGCCUAUGGAUGUGUCGACGAGGACGCGGAGGAGUUGGCUCGCAGGCGGCACCAACAUCACUUGUACCCAUUGGUCACAGCCCGUAUUGGGGCGUCCCCCUGUUUACCUCUGCCCGGUCUGCGGCGACCAGGAUGCUCAAGAGUAUGACGAGUACAAUAUUGCAGACGUGUACGAAGAGGAGCAAGAUCUUUUGGUCGAGUACCUGGAAGCAAGCCCACUCAUGCCGCCAAGGUUUGAGGAAAUGUGA